GGCAGCAAGAAGAAGAAGGCCGCCGCGGGACACGCCCCGUCGCCGGCCACGCCCACCGCGGACCCCGAGCUGUCGGCGCAGCACCGGCCGCGCGCCAGGAGAGAGCCGCUGCCGAUGAAGCUGCGCGCGCUGCCGCAGUCGUUCUGGCAGCAGCCCAACGCGGCGGGCGGCCUGUCCCCGGGAGCCGUCUACCCCGUGCUGCCGCCGCUCUGCUGCAAGGACGACGACGGCGCAGGCCUGCGGCCGGCGACGCCGCCGGAGGAGCGCGACAAGCGGCGCGUGGUGAGCGUCGCCAACACGGAGCUGCUGUUCAGCCUGUUCCGCAGCGUCGAGCAGCUGGACCAGCCCGCCGCCAGGGUCGCGCGCAGGGGCAGGCCGAAGAAGGUGGCGGCGACGUCGUGGCGGCUGCCGCGCGACGAGGACCCGUGCCUGGUGAGCGCCGUCGCGGACCCCAUCCUGCCGCUGAUCCGCGGCCACGCCGGCGGACAGCACCAGGUCUUGGCCACCGUGUCCCUAGGAGCUGGCGAACGGUCGGUAGUGCUGCCAUCUCUGAGCGUCGAGCACAACUACUCACAGAUACUGUCCGAGCUAGUCAUGAAGCUGUAAAGAGAGGUGAUAGUGGACUUGGUAAUGUGGUGUUAUGUGAUGUAAUGUGAUAUGAUGUUAUGAAAUGUGAUACAAUGUGAUGAACUUUGUGGAUCGAAGUGGGUCUGGUGCUCUGAAGACUAGAAUUUAUGUCACUCUGGAUAUUCUUCGUAUGCGUGUCGACGUGCAUAACUGGAUGAUGCUUAGAUAGAAUAAUGCUACAUACAAAAAUUCUUUUAUUUUUUGUUGUUUAAAUUAGGGAGAGCUUUCCAUCACUUUUGUGCAA